GCUUCCGGCAUUUGGUGGAGCUUUUGUGUCUCGCUGGCGCCAGAGCUUGGGAUAAGUCUCUGCUGUUCUUCGUCCUCCACCUCGGGAGCCCCCGGUGACUGUCACAAUCUUCGUUGCCCUGUGAGCUGCAGGUUCUGGGAGACGCACAGCUAAGAUGCCAGGACAUCCUGGAAGAUGGGAAAAGGUUCUGCCGACAAAGGAGAUGAUGACAUAUUGCUGGGCCUAACACUAAGGUGAUGUUACUUACUUGCUUUGGCUGUGCCCUUGGAAGGCAUUGAGACAUACUGCUGUGCCCAGCACCAAGAUGAUGUGAGUUCUCUGCCUGAACCCUGACCACAGGAAGCAUUGUGACCUACCUAUUGACCCAUUGCAAUCUCUCCUAUGGGAAAAGCACAGAUAAUUGCCCUCUUUUACCUACGUGAUUUGACACUCCUCUACUGCCUGGGCCAUGCCCACAGAAUAGAGUGAUUUAUUGCUGGACCAAGCAGGGAUGUAAUUAUUCUGCUUGGUCCUUGCACACACAAGUCACUGUGAUACAUGUUUGGACACAUAACCUAGAUGAUGUGCCUCCUCUUCUGGGGUUUGUCCACAGUGGCAAUUGUGAUACAUCGCUUGACGUAGCUCCUAUGUGAUGUAACUCUUCUUUCAUGCUUGGGCCCUUCCCACUGGGACGAUUGGAACAUAAAGCUGAGCCCAGCACCUAGGUUAUGUGACUCUCUUCUAGUUUAUGAGCCCUGCCCGCAGGAGGCAUUGUGACAUAUCUCUAGGCCCCUCACUUAGGUAGUGUGACUUUUUUGCCUAGGCCCUCCCCUAGAUGAACCUAGGUGAUGUGACUCUCCUCUUCUGCUUGGGACCUGCAUACAUUGCGUGUUGCAACAUGUCUCUGAGUCCAACACCAAGGUGAUGUGACUGCCCUGCAUGGAUGCUCCCACGGAAAGAUUAUAACAUAUCUUUAUUCAUUAUCUAGGUAAUGUGACUCUUCUCUUCUGCUUAAGGCCUGCCAAAAGAAAAGAUUGUGACAGAUCACCGGACCCAGCAGCUAGGUGAUGUGACUCCCCUCAUUUGCCUGAGACCUGCUAUAUUUUGGAUAUUGUGACAUACAACUGGGACAAACACCUAGGGGCUGGAAGGCGUCUGCCUGAGUCCCUCCCACAGGAGACCUUGUGAUGUUUUUUGUUUUUUUGAGAUGGAGUUUUGCUCUUGUUGCCCAGACUGGCAUGUGGUGGCGCUACCUCAGCUCACCGCGACCUCUGCCUCCUGGGUUCAAGCGGUUCUCCUGCCUCAGCCUCCCGAAUAGCUGGGAUUACAGGCAUCUGUCACCACGCCCGGCUCAUUUUCUAAUUUUAGUAGAGACAGAGUUUCUCCAUGUUGGUCAGGCUGGUCUCAAACUCCUGAAAUCAGGUGAUCCACCUGCCUCGGCCUCCCAAAAUGCUAGGAUUACAGUUUUGAGCCACCGUGCCUGGCUUCGUGAUGUAUUUCUGCAUCCAUCAUGCAGGAGAUAAAACCCUGUAUUUUUGCCUGCAUUCUGCCCACGGGGAAGAUUCUGACAUAUCGUUGGCCCCAGCAACCAGUCGUUGUUGUGUCUGUCAUGUCUGGGCCCAGCAGCCAGGGGAUCUCACUCUUCUACCUGUGCCCUGCUUUCAGGAGGGGAUUGUAACAUCCCUGGUGAAGCCCCCAGUGAUGUGAUUCUCCUGCUUGAUGCCUGCCCUCAAGGAGGAUUGUGACAUAGCCCUGGCGCAACACACAAUUGAUGUCACUCUUGCAUUUGCUCUUUACAUACAGGGAUCACUGACAUUUAUGGAUGUGGCCAUAGAAUUCUCCGUGGAGGAGUGGCAAUGCCUGGACACUGCACAGCAGAAUUUAUAUAGGAACGUGAUGUUAGAGAACUACAGAAACCUGGUCUUCCUGGGUAUUGCUGUCUCUAAGCCAGACCUGAUCACCUGUCUGGAGCAAGGCAAAGAACCCUGGAAUGUGGAGAGACCUGAGAUGGUGGCCAAACCCCCAGGUAUGUGUUAUUUCGCCCAAGACCUUUGGCCAGAGCAGAGCAUAAAAGCUUCUUUCCAAAGAAUAAUACUAAGAAAAUAUGAAAAAUGUGGACAUCACAAUUUACAGUUAAAAAAAGGCUAUAAAAGUAUGGAUGAGUAUAAGGUGCACCAAGGAAGUUAUAAUGGAUUUAACCAGUGUUUGUCAGCUACUCAGAGCAAAAUAUUUCAAUGUGAUAAAUAUGUGAAAGACUUUCAUAAAUUUUCAAAUUCAAAUAGACGUAAGACUGAAAAGAAUCCUUUCAAAUGUAAAGAAUGUGGCAAAUCAUUUUGCGUUCUUUCACACCUAACUCAACAUAAAAGAAAUCACACUACUGUCAGUUCCUACAAACUUGAAGAAUGUAGGAAGGCUUUUAAUGUGUCCUCAACCCUUUCUCAACAUAAAAGAAUUCAUACGGGACAGAAACACUACAAAUGUGAAGAAUGUGGCAUAGCCUUUAACAAGUCCUCACACCUUAACACACAUAAGAUAAUUCAUACUAGAGAGAAAUCCUACAAACGUGAAGAACGUGGCAAAGCUUUUAACAUAUCCUCACACCUUACUACACAUAAGAUAAUUCAUACUGGAGAGAAUGCCUACAAAUGUAAAGAAUGUGGCAAAGCUUUUAACCAGUCGUCAACCCUUACUAGACAUAAGAUAAUUCAUGCUGGAGAGAAGCCCUACAUAUGUGAACAUUGUGGCAGAGCUUUUAACCAAUCCUCGAACCUUACUAAACAUAAGAGAAUUCAUACUGGUGAUAAACCUUAUAAAUGUGAAGAAUGUGGCAAAGCCUUUAAUGUGUCCUCUACCCUUACUCAACAUAAGAGAAUUCAUACUGGGGAGAAACCUUACAAAUGUGAAGAGUGUGGCAAAGCCUUUAAUGUGUCCUCAACUCUUACUCAACAUAAGAGAAUUCAUACUGGAGAAAAACCAUACAAAUGUGAAGAAUGUGGCAAAGCCUUUAACACAUCCUCACACCUUACCACACAUAAGAGAAUUCAUACCGGAGAGAAACCCUACAAAUGUGAAGAAUGUGGCAAAGCCUUUAACCAGUUCUCACAACUUACUACGCAUAAGAUAAUUCAUACUGGAGAGAAACCCUACAAAUGUAAAGAAUGUGGCAAAGCUUUUAACCAAUCCUCAACCCUUGCUAGACAUAAGAUAAUUCAUGCUGGAGAGAAACCCUACAAAUGUGAAGAAUGUGGCAAAGCUUUUUACCAAUACUCAAACCUUACUCAACAUAAGAUAAUUCAUACUGGAGAGAAACCCUACAAAUGUGAGGAAUGUGGCAAAGCCUUUAACUGGUCCUCAACUCUCACUAAACAUAAGGUCAUUCAUACUGGAGAGAAACCCUACAAAUGUAAAGAAUGUGGCAAAGCUUUUAAGCGGUCCUCAAACCUUACUGAACAUAGGAUAAUUCAUACUGGAGAGAAACCAUACAAAUGUGAAGAAUGUGGCAAAGCUUUUAACCUAUCCUCACACCUUACUACACAUAAGAAAAUUCAUACUGGAGAGAAACCCUACAAAUGUAAAGAAUGUGGCAAAGCUUUUAACCAAUCCUCAACCCUUGCUAGACAUAAGAUAAUUCAUGCUGGAGAGAAACCCUACAAAUGUGAAGAAUGUGGCAAAGCUUUUUACCAAUACUCAAACCUUACUCAACAUAAGAUAAUUCAUACUGGAGAGAAACCCUACAAAUGUGAGGAAUGUGGCAAAGCCUUUAACUGGUCCUCAACUCUCACUAAACAUAAGGUCAUUCAUACUGGAGAGAAACCCUACAAAUGUAAAGAAUGUGGCAAAGCUUUUAAUCAAUGCUCAAACCUAACUACACACAAGAAGACUCAUGCCAUAGAAAAAACUGACAAAUAUAAAGAAUGGACCGGGCACAGUGGCUCACACGUGUAAUCCCAGCACUUUGGGAGGCCAAGGCUGGUGGAUCAUGAGAUCAAGAGAUUGAGACCAUCCUGGCCAACAUGGUAUUUAGUAGUCUCUAUUUAGUAGUCUGUACUAAAAAAUACAAAAAUUAGCUGAGUGUGAUGGCGCAUGCCUGCAGUCCUAGCUAAGGAGACUGAGGCAGGAGAAUCCCUUGAACCCGGGAGGUGGAGGUUGCAGUGUGCCGAGACUGUGCCACUGCACUCCAGCCUAGUGACAGAGCGAGACUCUGUCUCAAAAAAAAAAAAAAGUGGCAAAGCUUUUAACCAAUUAACAACUCACUAUACAUAAGAUAAUUUAUACUGGAGAGAAACCCUGGAAGUGUGAAUAAUGUGGCAAAGCCUUUAACAAGUCCUUAAUUCUUAGCAGACCUAAGAGAAUUACUGGAGAGAAAUUCUAUAAACCUGAAUGAUAACAAUGCAGUUGACAACAACCUGAACAUUUCUAAACACCUUUAAAUGGUUGUCACACUUGAUUGUAGGUAAAAUACUUUAUACUAGAGCUAGAAACCUCUACAAGUGUGAAGAAUGUGGCAAAACAUUUAACCAGCACUGACACUUUAUUGGACAGGAAAUGAUUUAUACUUGAGAAAAAUUAUGCAAAUGUAAAGAAUGUGAGGAAGCCAUUAAUAUCUGCUCACAUCUUAUUCAAUAUCAGAGAGUUCAUACUUAAUAGAAGCAUUAAAAAUGAAAUUACUGUCAAUAGAUUUUUCAGAAAAUAUAAGCUUUUAAAGUGAAGAAGAGUAUUUAUUUUGAAGACAACAAGAGUGAGCUGGGCAUGGUGACUCAUGCCUGUAAUUUCAGCACUUUGGAGGCCGAGGUGGGUGGUUCACUUGAGGUCAGAAUUUCAAGACCAGCCUGGCCAACAUGGUGAAACUCCGUCUCUACCCAAAAUACAAAAAUUAGGU